UCCCUGUAUUGGUUCGUCUGCGCUCGCCGUUUGCGCGCUGGAUUUGGAAAGUCGUCUGCUGGUGUUUCCAAAUGUGGCCAAAAUGUGACGACUUAUUUUAAUGAGUACUCGUGCGUGCUUAUGUCGAACUUGAAAACAUGACAGGACUUUCGUUAUUAAUUGUGAUUUCACUCAGUUCAGUGUUAUCGGCCAACUACCAGCCCGUAUUUAAUGACGCCGUGUCAGAGGUCAAGGCCAUCGCGGGGUCAACUGCCGUGCUGCCGUGUACGGUAAUGAACAAGGGCGAACACACGAUAAUAUGGAUGAACCCAAAGCGUAUACUGUUCAGUAAUGAGGACAAGAUCGUCAUCGACGACAAGCGGGUUGGCGUUAUCAACACUGCACAAGGCGACUGGAACCUGCGCCUUGAACACGUGCGCUACAACGACAGCGGAGAGUACUCGUGCCUUCUCAAUACAAAACCGGUCAAAAUCAAACGAGUCUAUCUAUUUGUUCAAGUACCGGCACACAUAUUGAAUCAGGAGUCAAGUCGAAAUAUGGAUGUUGAAGAAGGACGCAAUGUAACGCUACAGUGUAAAGCUACUGGUGUCCCCCAGCCUAACAUCACGUGGUUCCGGCGACCCUUCAUCGCACUGGAGAGCAAGGAAUAUCUGAGUCCAGAAGGCGAGAAGCUGCACAUCACGGACAUCCAGCGGUUCCAGGCCGGCGUCUACGUCUGCCUUGCCUACAACGGCGUCCCUCCCGCUGUCACGCGGGAGAUGGAGGUUCACGUGCAAUACACACCUGUAGUCAAACUAUUGAACACAAGGCUGGGACAAAGCCUAGGAAAGGAGACUAUUUUAGAAUGCAGUGUCACCUCAUAUCCUAGGGCCAGAAUUGCUUGGAUCAAGAACGGAAUGUCGAUAAAACACAGCUAUAAAUAUCGUCUGGAGCUGUAUCCGGGCAACCAUAAUACGUACAUUCUAACGCUGCAGAUAGUGACCAUUAAUGUCCACGAUUACGGAGAUUAUACGUGCGAAGCUGAGAAUAGGAUGGGAGCGGAGAGAGCGACAAUGACAUUAUAUGAGUACAAAGACCCAACUCCUAGUCCUCCGCCGACCACUACCACGGCUGCACCGCGCAGGAAGACAAGCCCAAUGUUUUUACCCGGCUACGACUACUAUGACCCGUAUAUGCCAGGGUACCAGAACAAACAUUAUGAAAUUCAGUCGGUGCUUGCAGACGGCGGUCAACAGUAUGACGGUAAAGGUUACGAUGGUGCUCCAUUUCCAGACAGACAAGGUUACAUGAGAGACGGAAGCCACAGAGGUGGUGCCGCCCCGAUGUCCGGUGGUAUGGGCUACAUGGUGGCUCUGAGUCUCCUUCUUUUUCACAAUUGUCUAAAUUAAUUCAGACGACUUGAAUUAUCACUUCAGUGAAGCGGAUAUUAAGUGACGAAGUUUGCACACGAACAAUAACUUGAAGUGCUUUUUUUGGCUACUUGUCAUGUGUAUACGUGCACUCAUGCCAGCCACAAACAUGUCGACCGAUACAAAACUUGGAACAGUUUACCUGUAAAUGGUUAAACUAAUUGUACAUUUUUACUUUUGUACAGAAUGUUUUGUUCUUAUUUCUUCCAUAAUUUAUGUGUUGGUGAGUCAUAAGUUUAAUAGUUAUGCAAAUCGAAAUCAAAAGAAUGCGAAUGCUUCCACUUUAUAGAUGUAUGUUUGCCCAAAGGGUGAUGUAAAUGUUAAAACAAAAUGUAAAUAUAAUGACUAUUUUCU